GUACUGAUUUUGUACAUUGUGACUCUCUAGAAAUUAUGUGCUAAAUUCAGGUUUUAGUCAAAAAUAUGGACUCUAGACAAGAGGGCUUCAUUGAUUGUCACACACACCUAGCGGACUCAGUGUUUGAAAAUGACAUCCAAGAUGUAUUGGAUAAUGCUCGAAAAUCUGGUGUGGUCGCUGCUCUGGUUUGUACAGAAACACCGGCCGAUAUCCCCAUAGUACUGCGCCUUUGUGAAAAGUUUCCAGAUAUAUUGUUACCUUGUCUAGGGAUUCAUCCUGUACAGAAGGACUCAAAUGAUGUCGAACGAUGCGUCAGUCAAAAAGAUCUGGAUAAGGCCAUAUCCGAGAUAGAGAAACGUAUCGACAAAAUCUGUGCCAUUGGUGAGGUGGGAUUAGACUUUCAACCCCGAAUUACACCAAACCCGGAACACAAGGAAGCUCAGAGAAAUGUGCUUAAAGCUCAAGUGGAAUUAGCUAAUAAGUACAAUUUACCUCUGAAUGUACAUUCGCGGUCUGCUGGAAGACCAGCAAUAGCUGCCCUGAAAGAAUUUGGUGCCAGAAACGUUCUCAUGCAUGCUUUUGAUGGUAGACCGAGUAUUGCAAUGGAAGGCAUAAAGGAGGGAUAUUUCUUCUCUAUUCCCCCAUCAAUUGUACGAAGUGAACAGAAAGUCAAACUUAUUAAGCAGUUGCCAAUGGAGCAGAUUUUACUUGAAACCGACAGUCCUGCAUUAAGUCCUGUGAAGGGAGAAAGAAAUGAACCGUCUAAUGUAAAAAUAUCCUGUGACCAUAUUGCCAACGUGAAAGGUUUAACUUCAGAAGAAGUGAGACGAAUUACAACACAAAACGCUGUUAAACUUUUCCCUAAGCUGAAAGAUAUUUUGAAAUAAAAUAUUGAUGCCUUGGACAGAGAUAAUAGUUAA